AUGUCGAAACCAACCAUCAUCUUCACCCCUGGCGCCUGGUACCCGCCAACUGUCUUCGAUGGGAUCACCAAGAUAUUAAAUGAACAUGGCUAUAAAUGCCAUACGAUCGCAUUCCCCUCUAUCCAACAAGCUACUACCGUUCAAGAUCUGCAGCCCGAUAUCGCUGCGGUGCGAACAGUCGUCGAGCAAGAGGUCGAUGCCGGCCAAGAAGUGAUCAUUGUCUCCCAUAGUUGGUCCGGUCUACCAGUCAACAGCGCACUGGAUGGACUAGAGCGCACCGAGCGUGAACAAGCCGGUCAGAAAGGAGGCGUGGUCAAGCUGGUCUUCAUCUCUGCUUUUAUCCCGCAAAUCGGCGAGAGUUUGAUCGGCGCAUUUGGUGGGACCCCGCCGCCUUGGUAUGUGCGAGAUGAGGCAAAUGGCACCGUGACAGCCAGCGAUCCAUUCGCGCUAUUCUUCCACGACGCACCCGAUGGUCAAGAAUGGGCCAGCACACUCCGCCCACACGCCUGGGCCACCAAGAACGCACCCGCCACCAGCGCCGCAUACAUGAAGAUCCCAGCUUCAUACUUGCUAUGCGUAGACGAUUUUGCUAUCCCGCUCGCCGUGCAGCAGUUGAUGGUCGAUCGGGCCCAGAGGAAUGGUGCUAGUAUUGAAACGGAGAAGAUCAACGCCGGACACUCGCCGUGGCUAGUCGUUCCUAAUCAGGUGAUAGCUUAUAUUCGAAAGCAGGCGGGUGAGCAGGUUUAG